AUGGUCAAACCACAAUCGGUAACUGCAGCUAAACCUUCGGCGGAAACAACAGCAAAACCAACAGAUACUACAACAACAGAUCCACCAUCAACAGAAAUAGUGCCAAUAAAAGAAUCAAAGGCAGCAACAGCACGAAGAAUCCUGUCAGCACCACCACCACAACCACUACCACUACCACUACCACUACCACUACCACAACCACCACCACCACCACCACCACCACCACUUCCGGCCACAGAAACAGCAGCAGCAACAACAGCAGCAGCAACUGAACCAACAACAACAGUAGAAGCAGCAAAAAACCAUCAAAAACAGUUGCAGCAACACAACAAUGCCUAA